CCGCGAGCCACGGCGCGAGACGGACGUGUGUACCGCAACAAUUGUAUGCUAAUUACUUUUAAUUGAUGUUACAUUCUACGCUGUGAGAUCGCGUACAAAACUUCAAGUUUUAUUGCAAAUAGAAUAUCUCUUUCACGGCUGUUUUAGCUUAUGUUAGCAAGGACAGUGUUUUGAAAGUUUUGCUAGCAGGAUAGUUAAAGUGUCUUACAAAUUGGUGUGUUACGGGAUUGUCGUGUCGCGUGCUAACGGAUCUAUCGGUGGAUUUCCUGAUCCACCAUUCAACAUAUAAUUUGAUUUCCAACAAUGACAUAAGAGCUUCACAAGAUGGCGCUAAGGUUGAAAAAGGAUAUAAAGAAAGCUUCGUACUAUGUGUGGUUCCUGGGGGCUCAGGAGUCACGCGGGCUUCGGGGCGAGGAGUUUGCCCUCCCAGCUAUCCGAGUGCUGGAGGAGAGGGCCAGGGACUUGGAGCCUUUUAAAGUCACCCUACAGGUAUCACACAAAGGUCUGAAGAUAAUCCAGAAUGUGAGUGCAAAGGGAAAACAACAAACUAUCAAGCAUUUCAUCCCGCACGGCAGCAUCACGAGUGCGGUGGUCCAAGGCGACGUGGUGGCCUGCGUGCUGUUGUUAUACAACCCUAUUACAGGCUGCCCUGUCCACGUGCAUGCAUACAGAUGUGACUCUGAUCACACCGCUGAGAUGCUGUACACACAUCUGCAAGCAUUAAUAGAGAGACCAGAGAAUCAGAAGAAGUUCGCAGAUAUAGAAAGAAAGCUGCAAAUGCGUGGAGCUCUCCCUUCAAAGAAGCCCCCAGAUUCUUCUUUGGGAAGCGAAGUUUCUAGAGAAUCUGAUUCCGGAAGUAAUGAAGAACGAUGUGUAGCGAAUCUGUACGACAGUUUGGCUGCGGAAUUGAAACAGAAAUUGUCUACAGGUAAAAAGGGCUUAGGCAAAAGCCCGAUUCUUCUACCACCGAGAGACUACGACACGGUGCAUCGUCAGAAAGGAAACCUCAGUAAUAUUGACACACGUCGUUGUCUCAACCAGAAUAUAGUUGGAGUAAACGCGAGGCGCAAAUUAGAGUCAUCAGGAGGCAGUUCCGGUAUUGGCAGUGAUCUUGCACCUUCUCCAGAAAGGAAUGAUUAUGCAAGACAACACGACAAUCAUAGUACUAGUGAGGAGGACUGGGCUGAGAGCACGGCGUACAUGAUGCAUGAGGCGUUCGAGGCGUCUCCCCCGCGCCGCACCGCCUCGCCCCCGCGCGCCGCUUCACCCCCGCGCCGUGCCCUUUCCCCGCGCGGCUACGAUCGUGCCUACAACGAUGACUACCUGCCGCCCGUCGAGCCCUACCGCGACCAGCUCGCGCCCUUCCGCGACGCCACGUUCGAGCGCCGUUUCCGCCAUGAAUCCCUCGAACGCGGCACCAAGGAGAAACCCGACAAAUUCCUCGAGGACGGCACCGGCUACAGGCGACGAUACGUACCCGACGCCAAACCUUCUAACCGCAGCAUAGACCGGGGCGACGACCGGCGUUUCGGCAAACUGCAGCGCGGCGCCAGCGAGGGCAGCCUCAAAAUCGCCGAGACCUCGCCCAAAGACCGCUUCAACGUCGCCAAGGAAAAGUUCAUGAACCUGGAGAGGGAGAGAUUCAACAGGGAGCUGGAGCAGCACAUGGCUUUAAGGAGGAGCAUGCUCGAAAGGAACAGUCGCUCGACUUCUUCCCCCGAGGAAGAGAGAAGGGACGAGCGGCAAGAGCGUCAUCGAGAGCCAAGCUCCCGACGAGAACCUGACCGUUCUCAUCGGGAUAUCGAGCGCUCUCACCGCGACUCGGACCGGCGCAAGGACAUGGAUCGGGUGCGUGACGUCGAGCCCGCGGACCUGGCGCACAGGGAGAUGGAGAGGUUGCCGCGCGUCGGUCGCAAGCGGGACGAGAAGCGGUACGAGUACGGCGCUGAGGAUUACCUGAACAGGAUCGAACCGAAGCCGGAGCGGGAGUUCGACCGGUAUCGGGAGCGGCGAGAAUUGGAUCGGCGUAUAGACGAGGAUGAGAUGAUCGAGCCGGUGUUGGAGGAGAGGCGCCGCGAGUGGACGGACCGGCAACGCGCCUUCAGCCGCUCCCGGCUGCUGGACGAGCAGCGAGCGGCGUACCCCGACGGUGAUAGAGACAGGGAUAGGUACUACGACCGCGAGUACCGGGACUUCCGCGAGUUGGCCGAGCGCCAGCCGACAAAGUUCCGGCACAGCUACGCGGAGCCCAUCCCGCGCGGCCGCCUCGGGACAGUGAGGCCUUACUGAUGCCAUAGUACAUUUAGAGAUGUACCUCACGAUGACGAAUGGACAGAUGUCUGAGUGCGGAGCUUGCUCGUGUGCAGUCACACGACACAACUGAGUACGCGCCUCAAACUGUAUUCAGUUUUGCCAUAAAGUGUAAUCAAAGCUGAGUCGAUGUUGGAGUCAAUGAUUUUUUUAAUCUAUGUUAUAUUUUUACUUCGUACCUAUUUGGAAAUAACAAACCUCUUUUAUUAUCAUAAUACAUGCUAAUACAAGACGGUGCAAUAUUUGUCGACCUUAAUUUCGAUCUUAAACGAGUAAAGACGUUUAUUAUGAAAAUUUUACUUUAAAAGACAAUUAUUUGUAAUUGUUUAGCGUCCUUGCUUAUAUUCAAUGCAACAUCCUUGCAAUAACUUGGUUCAUAGUUUUUAUGUAAUCGAAUUUACAAGCCCAAAAUCUGCAGUUAUAAAUUAGUUAUUUAAUUUACAAAUAAAUACUCGAAGACUCUGAGUCUAUGAAAUAUAUCUUUGUAAAUAAAACGUAUAUAACUUUGAAUAAAAAAUCAUAAUAAUUAGUAAAUAAUGUGUAAUAUAACAGAUGUUUUAAUGAGAUUAGUUACUAACAUAAUAGAUAAGUUUAUUAAAUUGUUAAUUUCGAUGCGUUUAUGAAAUCAAGGAGUUAUAAAUGAAUGAAAUUUUAUGAGAUAGUAAAUAAGAAUAAUAAUUGUAUGUAUGGAUUAUUUGUUUUAUUUUACAUAAGGAGAAUAAUGUACCAGUGGAGAGAUAACGACUACAUUAUAAUUGUGGGAAGUUAAUAAAAAAUGAUAUAUUU